AUGGUUGGAAGAGGUUCUGUAGUUUUAGUUAUGUGUUUGCAUAAUAAGGUGUUAAAAGCUGCUGCUUGGAAAGACUUCACAGAAUAUGCAAAUGUGUGCUUUAGAGAGUUUGGCGAUAGAGUUACACAUUGGACUACUAUAAAUGAGCCCAAUCUGUUUGUAUUGGCUGGUUAUGACUGGGGAGAUCUACCACCUGGACGAUGUUCGCAUCCAUUUGGUGACUGCUCGAAAGGCAACUCCACAACUGAGCCAUACAUUGCAGCUCAUUAUAUCUUGUUGGCAUACGCAUCAGCUUAUAGAUUAUAUGAGAAAAACUACAAGGACAAGCAACACGGAUUUAUAGGUUUCAAUGUCCUUUCCUUUUGGUUUGUCCCUCUAACGGAUAGUAGUGAAGAUGUAUUUGCUGCUAAAAGAGUUUUUGAAUCCCUUGGUAUUUGGAGAUUACCCGAUUUAAUGAAGAAUGCAGGCCCAAGGAUUCCGGCCUUCACCGUCCAAGAAUCCGAAAGCAUUAGGAGUUCCUUCGACUUUUUAGGACCAAAUUAUUACUAUGGAAUGUACUUCAAGAACAUAUCCAACACCCUUCACUCGGAAAACAGGGACGUUAUUGCUGAUGUGGGAACACAACUACACUGUAUGCCUCUUUUGCUUGAAUAG